UGUCAACAUUCAACGUUCAACAUUUCAAAGAUGAAUUGCUCAGAAUUUUUUAAAUUUCAAUUGCAAUUAUUUUUUAAAUGUAUUGUUGCACGGCUGAAAUAAUUACGAGCUAGUCGUUGUGAGGAACAUUGUGGGAAAGUUGCAAUUUUUAGAUCUGAGGUAUCGUCUGCCUCUUUUUCAAGGGGGAUAAAAAUUUUAUCAUAAAAUGGUCAAGACAAGAAGUAGAACGGGUAGCGUUACACUUGUUGAGGAAGACAUCGGUCAUGAAAACGGUCAUGAACCCAUUAACGAAGAAGAUGUGGUGUUGGUAGAGGAAUCCAACUCAAAUACUCCAAGUUCUUCAUCGGCGGCAUCAACAUCAUUCAAUGAUAAGAGCUUUAAGGUGGAUAAGAGGAAAACUUCGGUCGAGAACAGUAAAAAGAGAAAAUCGAGUCCCAAGAAGAAAGGGGGGAAUGGAAAUGGAACGAUUCUGGCAUAUUUCAAAGGCUCAAAUACCAUUUCAAAGUCCCCAAAAUCUGACGAAGAUUCAGCUUCAUCCGACUCUGAAGAGAAAGAACCAAAGAAAAAGCUAAAGAUUGAUCCAAAGACGAGAGAAUUUCUAGAUUCUGGCGUACCAGACGUUGUUAUUCGACGGCAACAGCUAAUCAAUCAAAAAAAGUCCACAAGCCCAGUGGUGACGGUAUCGGAUGUCGACGAUGAGGGCGAAGAUUGUAUGACUCCUCCCAAGCCGAAGCAGAAGCCAAAACGAGGCCGUCCGCCUAAAAAAGUCUCAUCAGCUGCCGUUACAAUUUCAUCUACGAAAAAGAAGACAGCUAAGAAAGAGGAACAAAAGGAGGAUGUGAUAGAAGUUGAGGAGCAACUAGAUGACGAAGACUCUAUUUGCAUCCCAGAUCCAACUCCAACCCCUGAAGAUAAUGAUGACGAUGAUUUCAAGCCGAGGAGAUCAUUGAGAUCUCGAACAACUGUGUCUUACCGUCAAGUGAGAACGCCUUCGAACUCCUCUUGUUCACCUUCUCCAGCACCGUCUUCUCGGAAGAAGAAAGACAAUAAGAAAACAAUGGAUCAAAGAACAAAGGAAUUUUUAAAGUCUGGAAUACCCGACGUUGUUGCAGCUCGGUCAAAGAAGGUCAAAGAAAAUGGAGUUGCGACCGAUUCAGGAAAUAAACGUAAAUCAAAGUCACGGAAAAAAGCAGGGAGCAUCAAAUCGUACUUCAUAGACGACUCUAGUUCUUCCUCUUCCUCCGAUAGCGAUGCUCCUAAGGUUGAACCUAGGAAAGUGUUGGAUCCCAUGACGCGGGCCUUUUUAGACUCUGGUGUUCCGGAAGUUGUGGUCAAAGCUCAGAAAUUUGUCGAGCUAAAGAAAGUUGAGGAUGAUUAUCUCAGUUUGGUUGGAUUUUUUCCAAAACUGCACCAUGUACCAGAGACGACUAGUGAUAAUUGCACAGAAUCAUCGAAUCCAGAGCUACUGCCUGGGGUUGCUCUCACCCACCAAGGGAAUGAUGACGAUUUACUGGAGGAUAAUAAUUUGUUAGUAACGUCAAUUGCAAAUUAUUUUCUUGAUAAUAACUGCGUAUUGAUUCCACGACCAACUCAACACCGACAUAAAAUCUGUUGUGGGUCACCUAAUUUAUUAUUGACUGAUGAACUACUUGGAGUUGCAAAUGCCAACCCAAUCCCGUGGGUAGAAGAGUGCAAAGGUUCUUUCGGUUUGAAAGACUUGUGCUGCAACAAGGAAGCUCUUAGUAAAUUAACCGUUUGGCUCAAGCAGUGGAAGUCAGAUAUCAAGGACGAUGGUGGAACUAGCAGAAAGAUUGAAGUCAAGAAGAAACGGGGACGGGACUCUGAUGACGAUUUUGUUACGAGUAGUGAAGAGGAUGAAGAUUUGAAAAAGAAGAGUGUCCUUCUAUGUGGGCCACCAGGAUGUGGAAAGACCAGUGCAGUUUAUGCUGCUGCCAAACAUUAUGGUUUUCAUGUCGUUGAAGUCAAUUUUUCAAGCCGACGUCCCGGAAAAGACGUCAUCCAGCGUGUAGAGGAAGCUGUUCUCUCUCAUCGACUCGAAUCCACCCAAAACUGUCUCCUGUUAUUCGAAGAUAUUGAUUUAGUUGACCCUAAAGAAGAUGAAGGCUUUCACUCCGCCGUUGCCCAAUUAAUAACCACUGCAGUGCGUCCAAUUGCAAUGACAACGUCGUGUUUAGGCCAGCUCUCACUGGAUCCCAAACUCGAAAAGAAAGACCCUCUAUUUAUCAACUUUACUCUCCCAACUCCAUCGCAAAUCGUACGUAAAGUUUUGUGUCCAAUGAUCCUUAGUCGGGCAUCCAUAUUCGCUUUAAUGGAUGAUGACGAAAGGGAAAGUCAAAAGGAUUCCGAGAUUUCUGCUAAACUUGCUGCACUGCUCGAUACAAUUUGUCGCCACGGGGGGAACGAUGUUCGCCAAGUUAUCAACCAAACUCAGUUUCUUUUUACAUUCAGUGAUAUCUAUAAUUCAGUAACGUCCACCGAUAUUCAUCAACAUUCCUCCAAGUCUGAGCUUCUGUUAGAUCUUGAUUUUAUCCGCCCUUCAAUGAAUGAAUCGAAUAUUUAUUACUCUACCAAUUGUAAUGUUAAUAAGAUGACUGAAGACUGUGAAGACGAUGAUGAUAUGAGACUCUCAGUGAAAGCACGAAAUAAGCUGGCUCUAAAGAAACUCGACUCUGUUGCAGAAAUGUUAACCUUUGCCUGUGAUUUGGAUGCAUCAUCCAAAAACUUGAUGACUUCACUACCCGAGGAUGAAUUGACACGUUUAAAGCGCAACUAUUUAGAUCCGAACCUCUGUACCGCAUAUUUCGCCUGCUGUGAGUCUGGAGUCAAUCCCAACCUCGCACAAUCCAUCAUUAUGGACAGCAACGUGGAGAUAGAAAAUAAUGAAAAGGGGUACAAACUCUUUGACGAAAUUGGCGAAUAUUGCGACAACAUUUAUAGCGAUGGUGGCUGGGAGAGUGCCGCUUAUGUGAGAACAAUUAUAAAGAAGAACAUGAUGGAUUCCGUUGGCCGCUUGGCGAAACGGAACGGUCGUGUCACGUCUUACUUUAAUCGACUUGAUCGCUCCUUCACGGACAGAAUUUGUCAAAGCUUCGGAUUCGAUAAAGAACUUGACGUGGUCAAAAAUGUUAUGAAAAAUGUAUGCUAAAUAUUCUAACAAUUAAUGUCAUAAAAUUUUAGGAAUUUAGAACAAUGAAUUAAUACUUGCACAUAAACUUGGCAAAAUGAAAAUUAUGCAAAUAUUUGUUAGUAAAUUUGUAUUGUUGAUUUGGGUUUGCAUUAAAAACAUUUAAUUAAUAAUAAUAAAUUCGGGACACCAGAAGAGAUAUGACAUAAA